ACGAGCCCGACGAGCAGGACGGACACAGAGAAUCGCCAAGUGAACAGACCAGAUUCCACCACACCCUCUUCCUUCUUCGCUCCGGUCCGGCGGGUGAGUCGUCGCGUCGCCGGCAUCCAUGGCGGCGGUGGUGCGCGGCGUGCUGAGGGGCAUCAAGGAGAAGGGCCUCACCAACUUCCUCCGCGACGUCCGCGAAGAAGGAUACCUGAAUUGCCUUCUGGAUGGGAACCUUUUGCAAACAAAAAUUCACAAUAUUGGCGCAACACUUGUAGGGGUAGACAAGUUUGGAAACAAGUACUAUGAGAAACUGCAUGACACUCAGUAUGGAAGGCACAGGUGGGUAGAAUAUGCAGAGAAAGGGCGCUACAAUGCAUCCCAAGUGCCUGCUGAAUGGCAUGGAUGGCUGCAUCACAUCACAGAUAACACUGGUGAUCAGCUGCUGGCCCAGAAGACUGCUAGGUACCUUGUGGAGCACAAGCAGAACUACUCUGGUGAGGGUGAGGAGCUGAUCUACCACUCCAAGGGGCACGCCCUGAACCCGGGUCAGAGGGACUGGACGAGGUACCAGCCCUGGGAGCCAAAGAAAGAGCAAUCCUAGUAAAAUGUCUGUGUCCAAUCGGGGAGGACCACCCUGUUUGUGUUUUCUUGCUUUUAUUGCCUUGGGUUCUUAACGAUCCUGAAUAAUGUUGUACUGGACAACAAUACUGUAUAAUUCGAUCAUCUCCGUUUGAUUUUUGAAAGGUGGUGGUUGUUACUGCUGUAAAAGCAGAUUUGCGGAA